UUUUAGCAACAAAUCAACCUGCCUCUAGCGACUUCCCCUGAAAUGUAGUUGGCAACACUGGCUGCAGUAGAUAGACCACUUCCUACAGGCACAGGUCCAGUUCAUAAGCAUGGAGAAGAACACUUACAAUUACGCAAUAGAAAGUGCCCCUUCGUCCCCCCUAGUGGAGGAUAUGAUGGAGCUGGACGGCCGGCAGCAGAGAGUCUACCACAGGGCUGCCAGGAUGAUACAGAGGACAUGGAGGAGACAUGUGGAUACACGCGUGUUCCAGUACUUCAAGAACCUUGUGAGGUUCCGUAACCAGGGAGACCCUCAACUCCUGCUCAAAAAUGUCAACCCCAGAGAGGCAAAUAUUCUGGAUGCUGCUGCAGGAGUCCACAUCAGAUUCAGACUGGGAGGGACCACCUUUCCACCGAGCAUCUACUAUAAGAUCUACACCCAUCGACCCAUCGUGGACAUGUGUGCCAACAGCCCCAAGGACUACACCCACCCCAGGCAGAAGAGGCCCGUCCCCAGGCAGAUACACAACGGGAGGACCCAGGUGCAGGACGACCAUGCUGGCUGGUACCACCGCGUGGAGAACAACGGCUGGAGACUGCUCUCUGGGAAGGCUGCUCUGUUAGGUGACAUCAUUACGUUGGAGACCAAUGGCAGGAAGGUGGAGUUUCAUCAUUCCAAACUGCAGCGUCGUCAGGACGUGGACAGGAGGAAGAAGAGGAGGAAGAUUGAAUGGUUGAAGCAGAUGUAUGACCGUGGCUGUCUGCAUGCACGUACAGAGCAUAGUGAGACAGCCAUGCUGGUGGAGCGGUCAGCCACGGGCAUGAUGGACGCCGUGGAGCAGCUGGGACCCAACCACAUCGUAGAGUGGGAGGUGGAUGAACUACUGGAGUGGACUAACGCUCUCAACUUUGACGAGUAUAUUAAUGACUGGAGGGUUGUAGGUACCAGCAAUUCCUCUGAGUCUUGGAAAGAUAAGAGGCUGGUACCUUCCAACCGGGAGCCUUGUGUUGAGUUCUCAGGGCUGGGGCAGGAGGACAGCCAGGUGGAUACCUACAGCAGUAUCCUCCACCCCCUGGUCUCCAGCCUCAUCAAGUCAGAACACUCCAAGGCCAAUCUCUUUGACUGACUGACUGACUGACUGACUGACUGACUGACUGACUGACUGACUGACUGACUGACUGACUGACUGACUGACUGACUGACUGACUGGCUGACUGGCUGGCUGACUGACUGCAUUGUAUCGCUGACCAGACCAGAAAAUUGCAAUACCAACCAUCAGACCCUACUACUAUGACACUAUGCAGUGGGAUUAAAUGUAAUGAGCAAUAAAGCAA